CUCACAGCGCUGGGCAUUAGGUCGGGCGCAACCGAAAGCGCCCAUCAAUUCUUCCUGCAAACCACUCAACACGUUAUAAGACAGCGAAAGGCCGAACAAAAUGGUGGGAAACACAGCAAAAAAUACAAUGAUUUUAUACAACUUCUUGUGGACGCCGAGAGAGAUAAGGAUGAGUUGCACGACGAGAAUGACGCCAACGAAGCCCAUCACGUAAAUGAGGGAGAGGAAGAGUUGGCCGUUGAGAGGAAGACACUGUCGGGUAAUAUAUUGAACAAACAGUUGACAGAAACAGAGAUCAUGGCUCAGGGAUGGAUAAUAUUCGUCGCCGGCUAUGAGACCACAGCCACGACAUUGACAUUCUGUUCAUACGAGUUGGCACUCAAUCCUGAAGUUCAGGAGCGCCUCCACCAGGAAGUGAUGGCUUCGGUGGACGCGAACGGAGAGAUCAGUUACGAAGAGUUGUCGAAAUUGCCGUAUUUGGAUGCCGUGCUCUCCGAAACAUUACGCCUAUACCCACCUGUGCUGCGUCUGGAGCGCAAAGCCGUGUCCGACAACUAUGAGUUGGGCGAUACCGGUGUCCGUCUAUACGCGGGCCAACCCGUGGAGAUACCCGUAUACGCCAUCCACCACUCGGAAGAGUACUACGAGAAUCCGGAUACGUUUAACCCUGAUCGAUUUUUGCCUCAAAAUAGGCAUAAAAUCACUCCAUACACAUACCUGCCAUUCGGCGCCGGACCCCGUAAUUGCAUUGGUAUGCGAUUCGCGCUAAUGGAGGCCAAGUUAGGGUUACUGCAGAUCGUGCAACGGUUCCGCUUCUUCCGGUCCCCACAAACAGCGGUUCCCUUAGAGUUCAAGACAAUCACUCGACUCAUAGCCGCCAAAACUGUUAUCGUUGGCAUUGAAAAGAGAUAAACUGUGUUUAUUAAACACUUUGUAAAAUAGUUUUUAGUUGUUUAGC